AUGACCAUUGCAAAUAACAUCAAGGCCUCCUUACCUCAAACUGUUAAUGCAUUGGAAUACUUAAAGGCUGCUGAAGAUCGAUUUAGAUCUGCUGACAAGUCACUUGCUGGCACUAUUAUGGCCGAAUUGACAACAAUGAAAUAUGAUGGCAACAGAGGAGUUCAAGAUCACAUCCUCAAUAUGGCUGACAAAGUUGCAAAGCUUAAAACUUUAGGAAUGCAAGUUGACGAAACUUUCCUCGAGGAAGUGAGGUUGAGGGAGGAAGGACGUCAAACUGCAUUGGUUGUAACUCAUGGAGCUAUAAAGAAAAAGAAGGUAACUUCUAAUACGUGGUGGAUUGACUCUGGGGCCACGACCCACAUUACAAAUGACAUGCAGGGAUACCUCUCAACCAGGAAACCGAAGGAAAGUGAAAGAUUUGUCUAUAUGGGGAACCGUCUCAAAGCUGAAGUCGUAGCUGUAGGAACCUAUCGAUUGAUCUUAGAGACAGCAGAGGCAAGAAUCUUCAACCCACAAGAGAAAAACUUGGACUCAAGAACAAUAUCUAGAUAUUUCAUUGGUUAUCCAGACAAGUCUAAAGGGUACAAAUUUUAUUGUCCUAAUCACAGUAUGAGGAUAGUAGAGACUGGUAAUGCUAGAUUCCUAGAGAAUGGUGAAAUUAGUGGGAGUGAGAAAACACGAGUGGUGAAUUUCGAGGAAAUUAGGGUAGAUAUGCCAACAUUUGACCCUUAUCGAAAAAUUGUUGUUCCUCAGACUAUUCCACAGGCUGAGGGAAACGAACAACAUAAUGAAAAUCCUUCACCACCUCAUGUUUCACCAUUUCAUGAAGAUACCACCAUUGAAAAUAUUGUAGAACCACCACAACCGGCCGUUCUGAGAAGAUCUCAGAGGGAAAGAAAGCCUGUCAUUCCAAAUGAUUACAUGGAAAAUGCAGUUGAUCAGUGCAUAUAUUUGAAGGUUAGUGGGAGCAAAUUCAUAAUGUUGGUGCUAUAUGUGGAUGACAUUUUGUUAGCUAGUAAUGACCUUGACUUAUUGCAUAAAACCAAGGAAUAUCUCUCCAAGAACUUUAAAAUGGUCGAUAUGGGUGAGGCAAACAAUGUUAUUGGUAUAGAGAUCUUUAGGGAUCGAUCUCGAGGAUUGCUAGGACUAUCUCAAAAAGGAUAUAUUGAUCGUGUUUUGGAGAGAUUCAAUAUGCGGUUUUGUUCAGUCGGUGAUGCACCCAUCAUGAAGGGUGAUAAAUUAAGUGAAAAAUAG